GUUGCAAAUGUCCUGGUUUUAGAAGAUCAAUGUAUUUCAGGAAACGCCGGAUAUUUAGAUACUAUGUAUCUAUCUUGGGUAUUUCUGUUCUGUGUACACUAGCUUUCAUAAAGAAUUCUUUUCUGGAGUGUGUUUUAGAUCCAGACAUGGACAUCUCUGCACAGAGCACAGCCUGCCUACAGCAACGUUAUAGUUUUCUUGAAUUACCUCCACGUAAUCGAAUAAACUGCUCCAGAAUUAUCAGAGGGGAUAGGGACAGCAUAGACCAAGCAGUUAUUGAUAGAAUAACAGUGAAGAAUAAACUAACUCCCAUGAACGAAAGCCAAUAUUUGAACCUAACCAGAGACUGCAAGUUCUACAAGAAUACUAGAAAAUUCAUUACCUUUCCACUGAGCAGAGCUGAAGAACACUUCCCCAUUGCUUAUUCCAUGGUGGUCCAUGACCAGAUUGAGAUGUUUGAGCGCCUCCUGAGAGCCAUCUACACCCCUCAGAACAUCUACUGUGUUCACGUGGAUGCAAAAUCCCAAGAUAUCUUUAAAGAAACAGUAAGAGCUAUGGCGAAUUGCUUCGAUAACGUGUUUGUGGCUUCCAAGCUGGAGAAGGUGGUCUACGCCUCAUGGUCCAGAGUUCAAGCUGACCUCAACUGCAUGGAAGAUCUUCUCCGGAGCAAGGUUCAGUGGAGGUAUCUCCUCAACACCUGUGGAACUGACUUCCCACUGAAGACCAAUGCCGAGAUGGUGAAAAUCCUUAAGAUGUUAAACGGAAAGAACAGCAUGGAAACUGAAGAAACUCCAAACCAUAAAAUGAGACGCUGGAAAUUCCAUUUUGAAACAGAUGAUCAUAUACAUAUGACUGAUACAGAGAAGAGUCCACCCCCUGGCAACGUUCGAAUGUUCUCUGGGAAUGCUUACAUUGUGGUCUCAAGAGACUUUGUGAGGUCCUUGUUUGAAGAUCCUCUGCUGAAAGAGUUCGUAGAAUGGGAGAAGGACACCUACAGUCCAGAUGAACACAUGUGGGCUACAUUGAACAGAAUGGCACGUGUGCCAGGUUCCUUACCAUCCCACAAAAAGCAUGACAUAUCCGAUUUAACUGCCAUAGCCAGGCUUGUGAAAUGGCAAGGGCACGCUGGAAAUGUCGAUGAAGGGGCACCAUAUGCUGACUGCACAGGAGAAUAUCGACGGACUGUCUGCAUUUAUGGAGUUGGGGAUCUGCAGUGGAUUCUGCAACAGCAUCAUCUGUUUGGCAACAAAUUUGAUUCCUCGGUAGAUAACAAUGCUUUGCAGUGUAUGGAACAAUACAUCAGGCACAAAACCCUGUAUGGUACAGAACUGUGAUAAGAGGUGGGGACAUUUGCUUAAAGUGCAAAAUAGGAUCUAUAUAAAUUAUUAUAUAUUUAUGUAACUGCUAAAUUAAUGGAAAUGUGUAGAUACUGUUUGUGUUUUAAAAUGUGGGUAUUUUUU